GUUGGGGAAUGAUUUAUAUAGUCUUUUUUUUUUUCUCUCUUACUUUUUUUUUAUAAGAAUUUUUUAUUCCUCUUACACAUUCCUUUAUUUUGACUUUUAAAUUGAAUAAAUAAAUAAAAAUUAAGUCACAAAAAUUAUCUGAACCAUGUAGGAAGAGAAAAAAUGUGCUUGGAAAUUAUUAUCUAGGCUGGGGUAUUGCCUAACCUAACCCUAGUUAAUUAAACAUGGUCUUGCUCUUUUCUGGAAAUUUUAACGGGUCUAAAAGUUGGGUUGUCAAAUUUCCCAUCAGUUUUGGCUCGGCAUGGUCUUUCCACAUUAAGUGGCACAAACCCACAUAUUUUGCGCCUUACAAGUCCGGUGACACAUCACCCUCAAUGAAACCCAAAAUUUGGAAUCCGGAUUCUUUUUGUGAAGAUUCCGAAAAUUUAUAAAUUGUGUUUGUUCAUCGUAUAUUAUGCAAUUAGUUUUUCUCAUGUACUGUUUGUAUUCAAUUUUAAAUAAUAAAAUUUUAAAUAAUUUUUUAUCAUACAAUAUACGAUAGAUGGACAAAAUACGUAGAUUCUCGGGAUCCUCAUCAAGAAGAUCCGUAGAGGAUCCUUAUUCCAAAUAUUGUAGCUUCAAGACUCUGCCCAAGAAACAGUACACCGGAGGAAAAAAAAAAAAACAAAAAAAAACAAGAUAAAAGAAGAACAACAGAAACAACCAAAAACCCAUCUUUCAGAUGUCUCCAACGCAAACAAAACAGUCCCCCACUUAUUAGUGCUUCCGUGUUUAUAUAUCCGAUACUAUGCAUCUUUCACAGCAGAGCUCACUCCCCUUGAUCUUCUUUUUAAGAACACAGAUGGAUCUGAAGUUGCAGUGAGAAAGUGAGUCUGAAAGAGAAGUCUUGAGAAGUUCAAUGGGUAUGAAGAAGCUCUCUUUGCCUGUUCGAAAUUAGGAUAAUUUCUUUCUAGUGUUCAAAAGAAGAAGAGGCUCUCUUAACAAAGGUAUUAUAUUGUAGAAGGACUGCCUGACGGCCUGAGGAAAAAGAAAUCAUGUUUUCAUCUUCCAGUUAUAAUAGUAAUACUGUAAGUCCUUUUCAACAUAACUUUCCCUUUUCUUCUUCUUCUUCUUCAAAUUACCCUCCUCCUCCUCCUCCUCCUUGUGCAAACCUAGAAACCUGCACUGGACACACUUUCCUUCAUCACAUUCCUGAUCCCCUCUCUGGUCAAUUUUCACACCAAAAUAUUGCUUUAUUGGCGCCUCCUUCUCAUCAAACCCUAACCCAUUUGGGAGUUUCAUCAAACACCGUGCCUGGUAGUAUAAACUCCAACAUAUCAUCAUCUUGUGGAGAUCAUCAUCAUCAUCAGUACUACCAUAGUAACUAUGGUAGCAUUAGUAAUGAUAAUAUUAUUCCUUAUUUUCUUCACUCUUCUGGGGAAGAUGUAGUGGUAGCACCGGCCGCGACGAAGAAAGACCGGCACAGUAAGAUCUUCACCGCUCAGGGUUUGAGGGACCGUAGGGUAAGGCUGUCCCUCAACGUUGCCCGUCAGUUCUUUGACCUCCAAGACCAGCUAGGGCUUGACAGGGCAAGUAAAACCAUCGAGUGGCUACUAAAAAAGUCCAGAAAGGCCAUCAGGGAUCUCGGAACACAGAAGAAGAACUUGAGCUGCAGUUCUGAGCGGUCCAAGAGUUUGUCUUCCACUUCCGAGUGCGACGAGGUUGUUUCGGACAUAAACGAGGUGGAAAACCAUGUAUUGAGCAAAGAAAAAGAGAUGGUGAUGAUGAAGAAGUUGAAAGAAUCUAAAUCUGCCGGAGCUUAUGUUGCGAAAGAGUUGAGGGCAAAGGCAAGAGCAAAGGCAAGGGAAAGGACAAGAGAGAAAAAGAUGUGCACUACUAGUAGGAGGCCUCAUCAGAUGUUGAACCAAUUGAACUUAAUGAUUGAGCAGCUUGAUGAUCACGAAACAAACAUCUCAUCCUCGUCGAAGGUUAAUUUUGGAGAUCAUCGUGUGAAUCAAGAACUGGGAUCCCUCUUGGCCAAACAAGCUCAUCACCAUCAUCGUCACGAGGAGGAUCAAUCUGCUUUGAUCAAAAGAAACAAAAUGAAGUCAUUUUCAUCAGUAGUUUCCGAUUAUAAUACUACUGAUCAGAUUUCCAGCAAUGGCCACCUCCAAUUUCCCAAUGCAUCUCAAAAUUGGGACAUCAAUGGCGCUUUCCCCAUGCCCUAGCAUUAAUUGUGCCAUCGCCACCAUCAAUCUUAAUUUCCACUGGAACUGAAAUCUUGGGAGGCUUAAUUGUGGAAUUAUCCGGCGAAUUUAUUGAUUAUCUUCCAAAUCAUUAACUUCGAUCAAAGAAGUAAGCUCUAUUUUUGUUCAUGUAUUUCUUUGAAUGCUCAUUAAUAUAACUAUUGAGUCACCUGUUCCACUGUUUUACAGCUCCUCAAGAGUUACCAUAAUGACUAAUACUGAUGACAUUGAUGAGAUAUUUGUUGAUUAGUUAUAACGUGUUUUUUUUUGUUUGUUUUGUUUUAACUUAUGAUGUAAACAUUUCUGUUCUAAUUUAAAAAGGGUACAAUUUAAGUGGGGAUAGAUAUGCUAUAAA